GGAGGAGCGCAUCAAAGGAAAAGGCAGAGCGCGUGCGCGUGCGCAAUAGAGGCGGAGGCAGGCUUUGGGGCUGGGUCCGACGCGAGGAGGAGGAGGAGGGGGUACGCGCGUGCGCGCACACGCACCGUAUUAGCCUGCUGUUGCUGCUGCACCGGGAUUAGGUCUCAGUCUCUCUCUCGCGCGCGCUUCCUUUUCCUUGUAUUGCGCGGGGGAAAGCAGCACCGGGAGCUGCCGCCGUUGCUGCUGCAUUAGCAGCAGCAGAGGAGCCAAAGGCGGAGGAGGGCAGAGGAAAGAGGCAGGGGCCUGCCUUGCUUGGCUGCCGCUGCUGCUCCUGGUGACGGUGCGCCGGGGCCGCGCAAUGCACCUGCCCGCACCUGCCGCCGGGUAGAGAAAACAGCCAGGCCGUGCCGGGCGCCCUCUUCCUCCUGCGAGCCAGCUGCUGCCGGGUGCCCCAUGGGAGAGGGAGGAGGACGACGGCGACGACGACAAGGGGCUCUGGCAGGAGGCCGGCCCCGCCUGCUUCCUUGCCCCCAGGAUGCCUCCUGCGCCGCUACCGCCGCCUCCGCCUUCGGCCUGAACUAGGAAACAGACGGCCUCUGCAUCUUCUCCAGCCCCACAGGCUGGUCCCCUGGACGUGGGGAAGAAGAGGAGCCGCUUGGCCUGGGCGCUGCCCCUCCAAUCCUUUGGACCCCGUGGCAGAUCUUGAGGGGUGCCCCCUGGGUUCAGGCUCCUGCGCCCGGAUUGUGCCUGGAGCUGUUAAGGCAGGUUGCUGUGGAGGGGGGUGCCCCACUUUUCACCUCAGCAAGGCACCAGGUUUUUUGGGGAGGUGGGCCUUUGCAACAGCUGGGAAAAGCCACCUUUGCAGCCCCAGAGGCCUCCUUGCACCACAACUUGGGGGGGGGUUUCCACCCUCCAUGCUCCUCGCUGGCAUUCAGCUCCUCUUGGCCCCAAGUCAUCCAGCCAUGGCAGCCAAGUAGGCCAGGAGUCACGCUGGAGGUGAGCCCCCUUGGGCUUGGACGCGCCGACGAGACCCUGAGCCAAGGACUCGGACCGCAGAAGGAGGCCCCGGCCUGUGUCAUGGGGCGGCUGCUCCUGAGGCCUAAGGAGACGCCAGACGCCGUUGCUGGGUACUAAGGGCAGCCUUCCUCCCCAGGGCCCUCCUGGCAUAGACUCACAGCAGUGGGGGCUCGCCUGCCUGCCGACAUGGAGACCAAGAUCCCGCCUGCCGUGACCCCCACCAGCCCCUCCUCCCCGGGGCUGUCCCCUGUGCCGCCCCCGGACAAAGUGGACGGCUUCUCCCGCCGGUCACUCCGCCGUUCCCGCCAGAGGCGUUCCCACAGCUCCUCUCAGUUCCGGUACCAGAGCAACCAGCAGGAGCUCACGCCUCUCCCUCUGCUCAAAGGUGAGUCCCCAGAGGCUGGAGGGCUGGGCUUGCCUCCACACCUGGGUCCUUCUAGCAGGGAGACCUGCCACAGAAUCAUUGGGUGGGAAGAAACACCCAAGGUUCAUCUAGUCCAACCCCCUGCAAUGUGGGAACUGCAGCCAAAGAAUCCCUGACAGAUGGUCAUCCAACCUCUGUUUAAAAAACUCCAGUGAAGGAGAGUCUGCCACCUUCCAAGGUCCAACAUGUCAGCAGAGGCCUGCCAUAAGCGUGGGGGGCGGUGUUAGUGGGGGGACACACCCUAUACCAGCGGUUCUCAACCUGUGGGUCCCCAGAUGUUUUUGGACUACAACUCCCAUCAUCCCAGAGCUCUGGCCUUGCUAGCUAGAGGUGAUGGGAGUUGUAGUUCAACAUCAUCUGGGGACCCACAGAUUGAGAAAGGCUGCAGAAAGCCCUGUGUCGAGACUUCCUCAAUCUUUGGUUUGGGGAUACCGCCUCAUUGCUGAGCUUUCAAGAGAUGCCAUUACAUCUGGAUCUUCGUUUUGGUCACCAAAAAUGGGGUUUGGGUGUACCUAUUCAUUUUUAUAGAUUCAGUACAUUUGUUGCACUUUCCUUGCAAGGAGCUCAAGGUGCUGUGCUCAGUUAUCUGCUGUCUAUCCUCACAACAACCCUGUGCGGUAGGGUUAGGCUUGAGAGACCACAACCUGCCCAAGCUCACCCCGUGAGCUUCAUGAUGGAGAGGGGUGCAAAUGCUGGUCUGCCCCAGGUCCUGGUCCGACGCUCUAACCACUACACCACACAGGCUCUUAUAUUGAGCUCCAGGAGGGUAGCCCUGGUUUUCUGUUGCAGGGAAGGGCAUCUUCACCUCAACAAGAGCAUUGGGCUUGGCCCUGGCCAAACGCAGGCUCAGAGCUUUGUGGCGAAGCUCUCCUGUGGCCUCUCUGCUUACUUUGGAAUGCAGCUUUGAGCAAGAGGCAAGCAAAGUAAAAUGCAAUUUGGGGAACAAUAUUCAUCAUACUUGGAGCAGUCCUAAGCUGCAGGUGUGUUUCGGGGGCAGGGAGUGGUCCAGCCCAUGCUCAGUGUUCUCAUGUGCAUCAUGCUCACAGUCACCCCUUAGUCCCCGACCUUCUCAGAGUUGCAUGGGGAAGGUGUGCAGGGAUCUUCCACUUGUGAUCAGGCAAAUGCAACUGGAAAGCCUUGUGGACCAUCCCCCGCUUAACAUAAAACCAUAGAACUUUAGUAUUGGAGGGGACCACAAGAGUCAUCUAGCCCAACCUACUGCAAUGCAGGAAUUCUUUGCCCAAUGUGCGGCUCGAACCCCCCACAACCCUGGGAUUAUGAGUCUCAUGCUUCAACUGAGCUAAAGGCAUUUUCGUUUGCAUGGGUGUCAUUGGGGGCUGAGUGUGUGGCGUGUUGGGGGCAUGUCUUGUGUGGCCACACAGGUGAAGUUUGCACGUUCAGGCAAAUUUGGCUUUCCAGCAAAGCACCUGCAGACGGUCCCAGGUCCAGGCCCCAUCUGCAUCUCACAAGUAGGGAAGGUCCCCUGCUUGUAACCCUAGGCAGCUGCUGCCAGUCGGCAUGGAUAAUCCAGAUGAACCCAUAGUUUGACACUGUCUAGAGCAGCUUCCUAUGGACCUCUGGCUGGAGUGAUGCGGCUGCUUCUUGGUGGUGAAAGCCUUUCUUCACGCAGCGCAUCAUCAAAUUGUGGAACUCUCCUCCCCCAGGAGGCAGUAAUGCCCACCAACCUAGAUGGCUGGGGAAAUCCAUGAAAGAUCAGACUGUCAGUGACUGCUAGCCACGAUAGCUAUGCUCUGCCUCUUGGAGACAGAGCAUAUGCUUCUGAACGCCGGUUGCUGGAAGCCACAGGAGAGAGUGCUCUUGCGCUUGGAUCCUACUUGUGGGUUUUCCGUACGAGCCACUGUAAGAGCAGGAUGCCAGACCUGGUGGGCCGUUGCACUGAUUUGGCAGGCUCCACUGAUGCUCCUCAGUCCUCCUUGGGUACCACUUUGCAACUGAGAGCAUCCGCUGGGAGUUGUCCUCUCUCCUACCACUCUGGUAUUGUUGGAUGCAGCCAGCAGGCCAGGCCAGCAUCUUCCACCCCUUAUGCAUCCUCCUCCUCCUCAGCUGGGGAGGCAACCCCCAGCAUCCUGCCUUCUUCUGUAGCCAUGCUCCAUCAGAAUCGCACAUUGGAGUCCUUGUGUCACUAAGUAAGCUCCCAUGGGAGAGGACCACAGCUCAGACGUGCCUAUACAGGCAGAAUGUCGUGGCUCUUUCAGCUAAAAGUCAAGUCCGCAAAUGAUGGGAAAUGCCCUUCUCGGCCUAAGACCCCUGAAGAGUUGCUGUCUGUCAGAUAUGGACAGAUGUCUGACCCAGUAUUAAAGCAACUUGCUGUGUUCCCAUCCUGAGGAUUUCUGUGUCCAUCCAGAGAAUUGCCCACUCAGGGGCCUGCCUUUGGGGGUCUGCAGCGGCCAGAUAAUGGGGAGGGGCAGAGUUCCAGGAAGUGCUGAAAUUGCAGGUGUGUGUUAGAGGGGACCUUAGUCCCCAUACCUUUUGGGGCAGCCUCCACCACGCCCUGUCCUCACAGGAGGGAGCCAUGAUUUGACUAAAAAACGGGAGGGAGUUGGUGGGUUGCAAAUAAACACAUAAUAAUGCAAAUAACACAGAUUAAUUUCUGUUGGUGAGCUCAGAGUGGCCUUCAGCAUGGAUAAAAGCAGCCGCAAAAUACAUUGCAAAUAGGCAAUUAGCUAAAAUCAGCAGCGAUGAAAACAGAUGAUGCAUUAACUCAGUGGGAAGCAUUGUAAAAUCGGGCAGAGUUUCGUUAGCCACCCCCGUUCCCCUCAAACACUGGGCCAGGCCUUACUGUUGACUUAAUUGAGGCGGAGUUGCAACAUCAAGAAAAGUUUCCUCUAUGCCAGACUGGAGUGUCCUGCUGGCUUCUCUAUUAGAGGCAUCUUGGAAUGAGGAAAUGCCAUCUUUAUUUAUUAAUGGUAUUUCUUGCCUGCUCUUAAGGUCCCAUGAGCUAAAAUGCAAUCACAGAAUAAUGAAUCAUCAACAAACCAUAAGACAACAGAAGCACAAAACAUAUUAAACUAAUAGCACCCUUUACAGGAGAGACAACCAAAAAUUCAUAUAUUGCUUCCAAAAGUGGGAGGCAGAGCAGCCAGCCCCACCCCACCCCGAAACUGACUGCAAUAGAAGCUGUUUAAAUGCCCUGGGUUUGGUUUCCUUCAAUUUGGUUAAUAUAUUGGCUUUUCGCCCUAACCUUCCUCCAGAAGGAGCCCACAUUAGCUGUACAGCAUCAGAUUUAUACAAAAUUUAAAACCACUCUGCUGCAGAUGCUCUUUUACCCUGACUUUUGACACUUGAGAUGCAUAUUUAUUUAUACAUGUUUAUUUUUAGGAACCACCUUCUGUGAUUUCGUAUUGCUUUAAACUGUCCUUAAAUGUUGUUUUAAUUAUUGUUACGCACCCUGGGCAGGGUGAAUAAUUAAUAGUAAUCAUAAUAAAAUGAUAAGUGGGAAAUGGGAGUGUCUGGCCGCAUGCUGGGCCGGGGGCAGAAAUGGCUCUCUUCGACUGCUCUCCGUUUCCUGGCCUUGAUUGCUCCUCAGUUUCAAAAUACAUUUUAGACUCCCUCUUCCUCCGCAGGCAUAAAUAUUUUUUGACUUUGGAGAAAAAACCAGAAUAGGUUCUCAAGUCUUGGGAGAUGCCCAUUGCAUUCGUCUAGGCAGUCCCCCCUCCAAAUAUUCCUGCAUCCUUACUGAUCCCAGAACUCAGAGCUGCUCAUCAUCUCUGUCUCCGGAUGCGGCUGAUCAGCCUUAUGGCUGCCAUGGUUACAGUUCCCAGGGGGAUUCCCAGGGCUGCUUCUUGCCCCAAGGGGUAAGGAGAAGAGGCUGCAACAGCAGUAUGGCUUGUGUGCCUGAGUCUUACUUAUUAGGGCGCUUUUAUACUGCCCUUCAGAGGCACACACACACAACUGUUACAGGGCAGUUUACAGCGAAAUAGUUGACUGAAACAGAAUCCAGCCAAUCAAAAAGAAUUCACGUCAAAAUACCUGCAUAACUAAGUAUAAUAGCAUCAUCCUGCUUAAAACUGACUUCAGCCUUCCCAACCCUCCACCUCUAAGAUCCUGAUAUUUUUUUGUUAAGUAACUGCUGCAUUUCAUCCUUGACUUCCUGCUCUCCUAGGGCGAUCUUGGUGCUUUCCAGGGGCUCAUCAGUUGACCAGUGCCUCAUUUCCCUGUUUUGGAAAUGGCUACUCUUGGCUCCUCCUGUUGUUUUUAAAUAUCAUCAUGGGAAAAGCACCCAAUCUGGCACCUUCUGGAGUGGACCCAGCUCCCUGUCAAGGAAAAGGCUGAGAUGGGCUCUCCAGGAUGACUAGGGCAACUUGGGUGGCAGGCUUGGUUAAUUUUGGAAGGCUGAGCGUUUGAGUGUGCCACUCCACUCUUGACCUCACACAGGGCUAGUGUCUUGCAGAGUUUACUGGUGCCACAGCCAAGGAGUUGGAGAGCAGGAAUUGCUGACUCUUAACUCAUUGAUGGGCACAAGUGACAGGCAGCUCCGACUUGCUGAGGUGGUCGUCCCCAGAGAAUGACGUGAGUUUUCUGGAAAUUUUGGGAUCGGAAAUUUUUCCCACUGCACUAAAUCACUGGAGAUCUGAUUUAACACGUUUGUUUUUAAGAAAAAAAUUACGCAGUGUUCAUUUUCUAUGCUAUAUAAAUACAAAGCCUUUUCAAGUGCCUUGGAAACAAAAUGUUUAAUCUAGGGAAAGAAUUCAGUAAAGCACCACUUAAUGUGGUUUAAACAUGGUGGUGGAAACUGCACUUGGAAACUGUUUUUAUUGCAAUACUUGGAAAUAACUGGAGAAAAAAUGAAAGGAAAAACAACCACCUUGGUUUCAGGAAGAGCCAUAACACAGCGGUAGACCAUCUGCCUUGCAUGCAGGAUAUCGCAUGUUCAAUCCCCAGCUGCGUCUCCAGGCAGGGCUGGGAAUGCCCCCUGCUUAUAACCCUGGGGAGUGCCUGCUAGUGUCCUGAACCACAUGGGCCCAUAGUCUCACCUUGGAGAAGGCAGGUUCCUAUGUACUGCUGUCUGGAAUUAUGGGUCUUGCAAGGUUGCCACUGGGGGUCUCUGGGUCCUGGUCUGGCCUUGCCACUGCGCCCAGCCAGUGUUGGGGGGAUGCAGCUGCCAGAGGCCACAUUGGCAGGAUGGUCAGGCUCCCCCCUGCGUGGGGGGCAGGCGGUUUGGCCCUGUGAACCCUCCAUGCUCUCUGCUUGGUGCUGGUGGCAGUGGCAAGGGUUGGGCUGGCAUGGGGAGCUUUGUUUGCCCUGCCCGCCCAACCCCUGGUCCUGCCUGUUGCAUGUUCCCUGGGCUCCAGCAAAGGACACAACUCCGCUGGUGUUCUGCCUGUGGAGCUGUGCUUUCUUCCCCCAGAGCACAAUUCAAAGUGUUGGUGCUGACCUUUAAAGCCCUAAACAGCCUCGGUCCAGUAUACCUGAAGGAGCGUCUCCACCCCCAUCAUUCUGCCCGGACACUGAGGUCCAGCGCUGAGGGCCUUCUGGGGGUUCCCUCCCUGUGAGAAGUGAGGUUACAGGAAACCAGGCAGAGGGCCUUCUCGGUAGUGGCACCCGCCCUGUGGAACGCCCUCCCACCAGAUGUCAAAUAGAAAAACAACUAACAGACUUUUAGAAGAUAUCUGAAGGCAGCCCUGUUUAGGGAAGCUUUUAAUGUUUGAUAGAUUAUUGUAUUUUAAUAUUCUGUUGGAAGCCGCCCAGAGUAGCUGGGGAAACCCAGCCAGAUGGGUAGGGUAUAAAUAAUUUAUUAUUAUUAUUAUUAUUAUUAUUAUUAUUAUUAUUAUUAUUUAUUACCACCUUUUGCCAGCUCAGGUUAUUUGUCCACUUGUAUCUCCAGAGUUUCAGAUGGGUCUCUUCUUCCCAGCCCUUCCUGGGGGUGACAUGGAUUGAACCCUCUGUGUGUAUAACAAGUGUCUCCCCACCCUGGCCAAUGGCCUUUUCCUUACAAAUAAUUAAAAAAGAGCAAAAAUGCGCAUAGUCUGCUUUUUCUCCACUACUAAGUAGCUGCAACCGGACCACCCUGAUGGAUUAUGGAGAAGGGGGCUCCGAUGUGUUGGAGGGUGAGACCGGCCAGCAUGUUUGAGCCCCAGCACCUCUUGCGCCAGCACCUGCUGAGCCCUGUGUGUGUGGUCGCUUCCUCCCCCCUGCAGAUGCUCCUGUCUCAGAGCUGCACGACCUCCUGUGCAAGAAGCUGCAGCAGUGCUCCGUCCUCUUCGACUUCCUCGACUGCGUCGCUGACCUGAAGGGGAAAGAGAUCAAGCGGGCAGCCCUCAACGAGCUGGUGGAGUGCGUGGCCACCAACCGUGGCAUCCUCAUUGAGCCGCUCUACCCUGAGAUCAUCAAGAUGGUAGGCAGGGAGAGGAGAGGGAAGAGGAUGGGCUCCCCCGUCACACAAUCACAAGCAGGGCGGCUCAAUUGGUUGCUCGUCACUGGCGGCAGCCAGGGAGGCUGCAUUGGUUGCUGGCAACAGCCAGGGAGGCUGAAGGCUAGGAAUGUGUUCUGCCAGCUUGAGCAAGAGACCCCUGGCACAGAUUAUGACUCAAGGGGAGGCAAAAUGACCUCCAGUUAGGGAUGGAUGGAGCACUCUCCAAAUCUUUCCUGUUCCUUUUCUGCAUUUAAUGUGUAUGGGUUAACACACAGACACAGUGAAAAGUAAUAAUUUAAAAAUAAUGCCUUUCUGGACAGAAGUGUUGACUAUUAUGCAAGCAAGUACAGGCUAUGAUCUCCCUCCUUUUACUUCUCUCUGAAGUUAAUAGUAGGGUGCCAGGGAAGAUCUCAUAACAGUGCCAUUGCAGCUAUGGGCACCAUGUUGGCAACCCCUGUUAAUGAUCUCAUUGCCCUUUCCCUGAGAUUCUUUGGGCAUCUGGCUGGUCCCUGUCAAAGCCAGAAGCUCGAGGGGUGUAUUUUUAUUGGGGGCAAGGGUGUACCUUGCUUGAAGUGGUAACUAGUCUGUAUAGCAGGAAUAGGCAAACUCGGCCCUUCAGAUGUUUUGGGACUACAACUCCCAUCAUCCCUGACCACUGGUCCUGCUAGCUAGGGAUGAUGGGAUCUGUAGUCCCAAAACAUCUGUAGGGGCAAGUCUGCCUAUGUCUGCUGUAUAGCUUUGCUGAUUUCUUCUCUCCCUUCCCUACAGAUCUCAGUCAACAUUUUCCGGACGCUUCCGCCCAGCGAGAACCCUGAGUUUGACCCCGAAGAGGAUGAGCCCAACCUAGAACCCUCGUGGCCACAUCUCCAGGUAGGACUCCUCCGUGGGGCUGCCUCGUGUGGGCAUGUGUCAUUUUGCCUGCAUGGCAGAAAAGUAGUGGGUGCAGUCUUAGCCACCUCCACCCCUGGCUUGCUGGUGGAUGCCUUAAACCAGUGGUUCCCAAAGUGGGUGGUGGGUUUACUUGCAAUGGCGAGUGGUGAGGGGUGCUAAGAGUCAAGAGGGCAGCAGGGGCGGGGCGUGUGCUGGGCAUGUGACUCUCUGAAAAGCUGGUAUCACUAGAUUUUUUUGUUGAAUUAAUUAAACUAAAAUAGUUUUAAUUGGGUUUUGAACAAAUGUGCAAUUAACUGUGACCGCCUUUAAUUUUAUUGUGCUAUUAUCUUUCUUCGUGGUUGGGCAAACUGCUAUUCUAAAAAAUGUGUUUGAUAGGGUAAGGGGGCACCAGGGAUAAAUUUAUGGAACCAAAGGGAAGGUGACCUAAAUUUGGGGGGAGCAAAAGUGCCUUGGGGGCAGGCGGGGGCAGGGAAUUGGAAGAAUUUUUGGUGGUGAUUAAUGGUUCCACCUCUCUACCUCUUUCCAGCUUGUGUAUGAAUUUUUCCUCCGGUUCCUCGAGAGCCCAGACUUCCAACCUUCGGUCGCCAAGCGUUACAUAGACCAGAAAUUUGUAUUGCUGGUGAGUGAGAAGGAGCAAGAAGGCUGAGCAAGGGAGUGUGUGAGUGUUGUGUGUGUGUCUGGGGCAGCAAAGCCAGGUUACUGGGCAUCGAGUGCGAGUCCUCUUUGCAGGUGGGUCACAAGCCAUGCUUCUUCUGCAGUGACUCUGUUGUGGUACUGCAGAGAAAUGAGGCUGUUUCAACUUCCAAAACUCCCGUUGAAAACUUUUCUAUUCCAUCAAACUUAUGCGGGCAGUUGAGAAUGCAUCUUUUCGCAAUGGCUGAUGGUCUCUGAUUCUAAAGCUUUUUUGUGUGUGUGCAUGUUAAUUAUAUACAGACAUCCUUGUCAUAAACUUCUUUGACAUUUUUUAAAUCAGGCAGCAACACAUAAAUAUUUUUGGAAGUAAAUAAAUAAGACACGGCCAGGAAGGAGCUGGAUGCCCUCCUGGGAAACUGGGGCCCAAAUAAUAAUAAUAAUACAGUGGUACCUCAGGUUACAUACGCUUCAGGUUACAGACUUUGCUAACCCAGAAAUAGUGCUUCAGGUUAAGAACUUUGUUUCAGGAUGAGAACAGAAAUUGUGCUGUGGCGGUGCGGCAGCAGCAGGAGGCCCCAUUAGCUAAAGUGGUGCUUCAGGUUAAGAACAGUUUCAGGUUAAGAACAGACCUCUGGAACAAAUUAAGUACUUAACCCGAGGUACCACUGUAAUAAUAAUUUAUUUAUAUGCCACCCAUCUGACCGGUUUGCCCUAGCCAUUCUGGGCAGCUCCCAACAACAAAAGAGUAAAAUCACAAUACAAGCUUGGCUGCCCUCUGGGACACCUGGUUCGCCACUGUGAGAACAGGCUGCUGUGCCAGGACCCCCUUUGGACUAAUCUUAGGCUGUGCACAUGACUCUGCUUGCAGAAGGCAGCAAGCUAAAUCACUGGCAUCUCCCAGUCGUGCUGGAAGCUUGGAGAGCCACUGCCUGGUAUUCAGUAGAAGGCCCAGGAAACUCUCCAGGAGUUUCACAGGGGAUGUUCCAGGCCCCUUUGCACUGACUCCUCCUCUCCCCUCUCCCUUCCCUUCAGCUACUGGAGCUUUUCGACAGCGAGGACCCUCGGGAGCGCGAGUACCUCAAGACCAUCCUCCACCGCGUCUAUGGCAAGUUCCUGGGCCUGCGUGCCUACAUCCGAAAGCAGUGCAACAACAUUUUCUUGCGGUGAGUUCCUCUUUUCUCUGCUCCACCCCAGGGUUGCUCCGCAUCCUGGCCUCCUGCAGCACAGGCUUCUCUCCCCACCAUUCUGCCCACCCAGUGUGGUCAGAAGCAGUUGCUCAGGUCUCGCUGCCAGCCUCUUUUCUGGCCAAGAAGGCGAUUUGCAGGUGGCCUGCAUCCGAAUGUUGGAAGGUUCGGAACAUGUAAAAGAAAGUAUCUUCUUCCUAAAUCCCUAAAUCCCCUUUGACACAUAAACUACAGGAUAAGGAUAACUGUGACUUUAAAGAUGAAUGAGAACCUUUUACAAAAUACCAUAUUUUCCGCUCUAUAAGACGCACCAGACCACAAGAUGCAGGAGCAGGAAAACAAGAAAAAAAAAUAUUCUGAAUCUCAGAAGCCAGCACAGCAAGAGGGAUUGCUGCGCAGUGAAAGCAGCAAUCCCUCUUGCUGUUCUGGCUUCUGGGAUAGCUGCGCAGCCUGCCUUUGCUCCAUAAGACGCACACACAUUCCCCCUUACUUUUUAGGAGGGAAAAAGUGAGUCUUAUAGAGCAAAAAAUACGGUACUUAAAGAAACAACAAAGUGAACUGGACUCCUUGGCAGGUUUUGAAUAAACACUCACAAACUUUCUAUUGACAAUAACCAGUCAGAUAAAUUAAGGAUUUAUACAGUUUUGUAACAUGCAGAGAAUAGCAUUUGUAGAGAAACCAGAGAUUGGAGCUGAGGGAAGUCAGGGGGGGAGGGGAGGGGGUUAUUUUAUGGGGGGAGGGGGGAAAUGAGGGGGGGUCAAGGAUGAUAUGUAAUAAGAUAAUAUGUUUUGUUUAAAUUCUUAAUAAAAAAUGUUUUUUUAAAAAAAGAAAGUAUCUUCUCCACACAGCCCAAAGUUAAACUGUGGAACUCCCUCCCACAGGAGGGAGUAGCCUAGACGGCUUUAAAAGAGGAUUGGGACAGAUUCAUGUAGAAUCACAGAGUUGGAAGGAACCUCAAGGGUCCUCUAGCCCAACUCCCUCCAAGGCAGGAAUAUUUUGCCCAGUGUGGGGCUCGAACCCAUGACCCUGAGGUCAAGAGUCUGAUGCUCUACCAACUGAGCUAACAAGGGCUACUAGUCAUGAUGUUCUGUGCUGUGCCUCCACAGUCGGAGGCAAUAAUGCUUCUCAAUACCAGUUUCUGGAAACCACAGGAGGAGAGAGUGUUCCUGUACUCAGAUCUGGCUUGCAGGAUUCCCUUGGGUGGCCACUGUGAGAACAAGAUGCUGGACUAGAUGGGCCACUGGCCUGAUCCAGCGGGCUCUUAAGUUCUUACCCAUGUGGUGAGAGCUCAUUCAGGGGGAUAAUGUAGCCUGCUGUCCACUAGAGGGCAGGAUGACCUCGUCCUGUGUUCUCCCUUCAUUCCCUAGCUAGGGACUCCCCCACUUUUCUAGCUGGCAGGUAAGGAUGAGUAGCAUAUUCUGGGUGGUGCAGGAGCUGCCAGACCCAAGGGAUGGGGAACCCGUAGCCCUUCAGAUGUUGUUGGACACCCAACUCCCAGCAGCCAGCAUGGCCAAUGGGAGGGAGUUGUAGUCUAGCAACACGCACAAGACUCUUAAUCUCAGGGUUGUGGGUUUGAGCCCCACAUUGGGCAAAAAGAUUUCCUGCAUUGCAGGGGUUGGACUAGAUGACUCUUGGGGUACCUUCCAGCUCUACAAUUCUAGAAUUCUGUGGUAGGAGAGGCUUACUCUGGUCUGGUGCCCUGAAUACCCUUACUGGGGGCCAACUUGACAUCACAGCACCCUUGUAAUAUAAUAAUAAUUUAUUAUUUAUACCCCACCCAUCUGGCUGGGCCUCCCCAGCCACUCUGGGUGGCUUCCAACCGAAUAUUAAAAACAAUACAGCAUCAGACAUCAAAAACUUCCCUAAACAGGGCCGCCUUCAGUUGUCUUUUAAAAGUAAAAUAGUUGUUUAUUGCCUUGACAUCUGCUGGGAGGGUGUUUCCUAGCUGGGCUAGGAAAGAAGAGGAUCCAAGCAGAAAGUGGCAGUGGAGCCCAUGGUGGCAGUUCUGCCCUUCUCCCCAAUCUGUGGUGAUGCGAUGUGAUGUGAUGUGAUGUGUUGUGUUGCUGCUGUUUGUUUAUAUGCCGCCUUUCAGCCGAAAAGGCUUCUGAGGCAGCUCACAAGAAUAAACUGACAACAGUAUACAGGCAGAUACAAAUGCAAAGCAUUUCAACUAUAUUAAAAGCCCAGCAUGGCUCUGUUCCUGCCAGAAAAGCCAGGAGCAGUCCCUGCAAAAAAAAUGUUAAGAGAAGUGAGCCUGUGGUGGUGCAGUGGUUAGAGUGUUGGACUCUGGGAGAGAUUUGGGUUCGAAUCCCCACUCGGGCAUCACGAAGCUCACUGGGUGACCUUGGGCCAGUUGCUCACUCUCAGCCCUAGCCUACUUUGCAGGGCUGUUGUGGGGAAUUAAAGAGCACAUGAGCCACCUUGAACUCCUUGGAGAAAAAGCUGAGAUAUAAACGCAAUAAAUAAAAAUGAAGAAUACUUCAGCAGCAUCUUUGCCAUACAGUGGUCCCUGGCGGGGUGGGGCAAGGCAGGUGGAAAAGCUGGUGGCCAUGAUGGUGAUGUGAUCCCUACCUCUUCCCUGUCCCACCCCCAGGUUUAUCUACGAGACGGAGCAUUUCAACGGCGUGGCGGAGCUGCUUGAGAUCCUGGGAAGGUAAGCACCUGAGGACAUGGAGGACAGGCGUCAGCCAGAGCUGCACCUUCCUGCCUCUGUUGAAUGUUGAGGGGCCUCUUUCCUACCCUCCUCUCCCCUUCAGCUUCCGCCAUGCACCAGCUGGGCUCCUUCCUGGCUGUUGCUGCUUCUGCUGCUGUGGGCGGAGCAAAAGGGCAAGACGCUGAGUCAUCGGAAGCUCAGCCAUGUGCUCGUCACCCACGACUCGGGAGUCUGGGUUGCAUGACAAUACAGUCCACGAGAUGCAACAAGCUCACGCUGUUUUUAUUUUACUUCAUUUUGCCACAUUUUGAGAUUUAAAUGUUUUUGUUUGAUCCACCUCGCCUUCAUCGCACCGGUGGCUACGUAGAAGUAUUUGUUAAACAACAACAAUACUUAUGCUGUACAGUGGUACCUUGGGUUACAGACGCUUCAGGUUACAUAUGCUUCAGGUUACAGACUCCUCUAACCCAGAAAUAGUACCUUGGGUUAAGAACUUUGCUUCAGGAUGAGAACAGAAAUCGCGUGGCGGCAGUGGGAGUCCCCAUUAGCUAAAGUGGCGCUUCAGGUUAAGAACAGUUUCAGGUUAAGAAGGGACCUCCGGAACAAAUUAAGUACUUAACCCGAGGUACCACUGUAUUCGUAUUCUGUGGGUGCUGCACAAUGCUUUUCUUUUGGCAUCUUCUCCUCCUUAUUUCUUACUUCCCCCUCUAUAAUUUUUCCCUUCGCUUAUAAUUUAAAAAAAUUGAAAUAAGUUAAAAGGAAGGGUGAGAUGUAAUUUAAAUUUCUUAAAAUUCUGACAUUUCCUGUAAAGUCCAGGGAAUUUUGGGGGGGUGGAUGGAGAGGCAUUGGAACAGUAGUGCUGGUUUCUUCUCCCCCACAAAUCUUCCCUGCCGGCAAUCAGGUGUUGAAGAUGGGAGGUGAAGGCUCCUCUUUCUCAGAACUACUCGGGAGAAAAGGCAGAGGUGCUCCUUCCUCUGUUUGGGGGACAGCAGCAUUCCCAACCACUCCCUCCCCCAGUUUUCUAUUUAUUUAUUUUGCUGCAAAAAAUAUAUAUCGCAGAAACUUCCAAGCAGUUUGCAAAAAGAAAAAGAAAAAAACAAUUACCGAAAACAAUUAAAACAUCCCAAAGAUUUAAAGCCAGCAAUAAACUAAAAACGCACAUCAGCAUUCUGCAUAUCUGGGCAGGCUUGUCUAACCAGAAAUGUUUUCGGCAGGCGCCAAAGAGUGUGCAGUGAAGGUGCCUGCCCGAUGUCGCCAUCAAUAGGCAGGGAGUUCCGAAGUUGUAGGUGCCGCCACACUAAAGAGAUCGAUUUCUUGCAGUUGCGGAACGGGUGUCGCGCGGCACCGGCUUUGAUGCCUCCCACUGUGUUUCCUCCCUCCCCUCCCCUCCCCAGUAUAAUCAACGGGUUUGCUUUGCCCCUGAAGACGGAGCACAAGCAGUUCCUGGUCCGGGUCCUCAUCCCGCUGCACUCUGUGAAGUCCCUCUCCAUCUUCCACGCCCAGGUGAGCCUCACUCUGCAGGGAACCUCCGUCUCCCUUGAUGGCCAAAGGGGCCUCUGCUGUCAGGUGGGGUGGGAGGGUGGGGAAGAUCUGCAGUGGAGUGAUGCUUGAGCCUCUGGUGGGGGUUGUGAGGAGGGGGGGUGCUCCUGGGUGUCCCCGAGCUCUAACCUCCGACCCUUGACCCCGCUUUGUCUCCUGCAGCUGGCUUACUGUGUGGUCCAGUUCCUGGAGAAAGACGCGACGCUGACCGAGCAUGUGAGUCGGGAUUUGGCCAUGUGGGGUGCUGGUUGUGGGGUGCAGCAGAGCAGCAGGUGGGGGGGAGAAAACCCAAGUCCCAUGGGGAACAGUUAAGGGAGUACCAAAUAAAAAUAAUACAGUGGUACCUCGGGUUACAUACGCUUCAGGUUACAUACGCUUCAGGUUACAUACGCUUCAGGUUACAUACGCUUCAGGUUACAGACUCCGCUAACCCAGAAAUAGUGCUUCAGGUUAAGAACUUUGCUUCAGGAUGAAAACAGAAAUCGUUCUCUGGCGGCGCGGCAGCAGCAGGAGGCCCCAUUAGCUAAAGUGGUGCUUCAGGUUAAGAACAGUUUCAGGUUAAGAACAAAUUAAGUACUUAACCCGAGGUACUACUGUAUUAUUAUUAUUAUUAUUAUUAUUAUUAUUAUUAUGCCAGUGCCAGGAUGUGCGUCUUAACGUUUCCAUGUUUUGACCUCUCUCCUCACCUUCCCAGGUGAUACGUGGCCUUCUGAAGUACUGGCCGAAGACCUGCACCCAGAAGGAGGUACAGAAGGGUCAAGUGGGGACGAGGGUGGGAGUGGAGGCAGAUGGGGGAAGCCUUGGUGCUGUUGCCCCAUCUUGGCCCAGUGGCACCGCCAGUGCCCGCAUCCCAGCCUAAUCCCAACAUAUUCUGCUCACCUUUCCCUGCCCGUCUGUCCACCCAGGUGAUGUUCCUGGGAGAAAUCGAGGAGAUUCUGGAUGUCAUUGAGCCCUCUCAGUUUGUGAAGAUCCAGGAGCCCCUCUUCAAGCAAGUGGCUCGGUGUAUUGCCAGCCCCCACUUCCAGGUGCUCUUGGGGCAGCGGCAGGGGGGUGAGGUGAAGGGAGGGGAGAUGGGUCCAGAGCUCAUUCAGCUUGGGAGUUUGGCUAUUUUUGAGAGGACAGUGGCAGGAGGGCACACUGAUACUUCUCUUCCAUGAAAUUGUCCAAUCCUCUUUUUUAAGGCUGUCCAACUUUGGUACUUCCUCCUGCAGGAAUGAGUUCCAUAGUUUAACUUUGUACUGCAUGAAAGACAACGACCUUUUAUCUGAGUCUUCCGACAUCCAAUUUCCAUUUCCUCCCACUUCUAGUUUGUUUGCUGUCUUUCUAAAGGCGGUUUACAAGCUGAGGAAACAACAAACUAUCCAAUACCAAAUACAAAAUCAUAAUAAAAACAUGCUUUGUUUUUAUUUAAGCUGUUUAUCUUAAAUCUAACAUUCAAUAAUCCAUUAGAAUAUAAUAGCGCAUAAUAAAUUAAAUACCGGUAAAUAAUAAUUAAGCAUAAAUUCACUCUCUAACAAGUACAGUGAAAAUAAUUAUAAUCCAUAAAAAUAAAUGUGCAUAAGAUACCACGAUACAUACAAAAACUUCUAAAAGGAUCAAAUUGGGAAACAAAGACAUGCAGCUUAUAAUAUUACUGGAUGUCCACCAGUUCUAGUGUUCUGAGUGAGGAAUAGAAACGUUUCUUCAUUCACUUUCUGGGUGUGACAUGUUUACUGCGUGAAACAGCGUGGAGGAAACUUUGAAUUUUUGUACUUAGGGGGGCGCUUUGUUUGAGGAGAGCCUGCUGGAACUCUCCCCUCUAUUGCUGCCUUUGACCAUGGAGGCAGAGAGUAGCCAUUUUGGCUAGUAGUAGCCUUCCUCCCCUCUGAGCCCUCCUCUCGCUCCAGGUUGCAGAGCGGGCUCUGUAUUUCUGGAACAACGAAUACAUCCUGAGCCUGGUUGAGGACAACUGCCACACGGUGCUGCCCACCAUUUUCGGCACCCUCUAUCGCGUCUCCAAGGAGCACUGGAACCCGUAAGUGGCUGCCUGGGUUGGGGUGCCUACAGGACCCCUGGGGUGGAGGUGGGCCAGUCCUGCAGUGUCCCUCUGUCCCCAGUCGCCAGCAAAGCCUCAUUGCUCCCAUUGCCCAACUUUGGGGAAAGGCCACAGAUUUAUAUCCUGCCCUGUAUCACUUUUAUUUAUUUGUUGCUCUUAUCUUUGGCGCUGUGGGUUAAACCACAGAGCCUAGGACUUGCUGAUCAGAAACUUGGCGGUUCGAAUCCCCGCGACGGGAUGAGCUCCUGUUGCUCGGUCCCUGCUCCUGCCAAGCUACCAGUUCGAAAGCAUGUCAAAGUGCAAGUAGAUAAAUAGGUACCGCUCCAGCGGGAAGGUAAACGGCGUUUCCGUGCGCUGCUCUGGUUCGCCAGAAGUGGCUUAGUCAUGCUGGCCACAUGACCCGGAAGCUGUACGCCGGCUCCCUCGGCCAAUAAAGCGAGAUGAGCGCCGCAACCCCAGAGUCGGCCACGACUGGACCUAAUGGCCAGGGGUCCCUUUAUCUUUUGCUCUGAAGAGCUAAAAGUGGCAGACAUGGUUAUUCCCACCUCGUUUAAUCCCCUACUACAACCUUGUGAGGUAGGUUAGGCUACCUGAGAGGCACUGACGGAGCUCAACGUCACCCAGUGAGCUUCAUGGCUGAGCGGGGAUUUGAACCCUGGUCUCUCCCAGGCCCUAGUCUUAGGCUCGAACCACUCCACCGCACUGUCUCUCUUUAAGUGUAAGGCUGGCUACACCUUCCAGGGCCUCAGUAAGCAGAAGGGAACCCACUUUUAGGUUGAAAGAUAAUCCAGCUGUUGACUGAUGGGGUGGGGCUGGAGGUGGCUUAGCAGUCCUGGGGUGUAACAUCUAGAUUUCCUCUCCCCCCCCCCCGGCACUGUCACCCUCUUAUCCAGGACCAUUGUUUCUCUGGUCUACAAUGUCCUCAAGACCUUUAUGGAGAUGAACGGGAAACUAUUUGACGAACUUACGGCCUCCUACAAGGUGGAAAAACAGCAGUAAGUGUCUACGUGGCAGACAAGAGAGAGAAAUUGCAAGUCUGGGCAGCUUCUCCUGUUUAUUUAUUUAUGAAUAUUCAUUGGGAGCAUUUAUACCCUGCUGGCUUGGGCUGAUGGGAUUUGGGAGUCUAGCGCCACCCGCAGGGCCCCCACAGGUUCUCGAUCUUCUCUGCAUCUUUCUCAGCAGCACAUGUGAAAGCAGAGUAUAUAUAGGGUUCUUCGCAGACCGCCAGCUUAGCAUGAGUCAGCGGUGUGAUGCAGCAGCAAAAAAAGCGAAUGCAAUUCUAGGCUGCAUCAACAGACGUAUAGUGUCCAGAUCAAGGGAAGUAACAGACUAUUGCUCUAUUCUACCUUGGUCAGACCACACCUGGAAUACUGUGUCCCAUUCUGGGCACCCCUGUUUAAGAAGAAUAUUGACAAGCUGGAGUAUGGGCCGAUGGGGUAAUCAAGAUGAUCAAGGGUCUGGAAACCAAGACUUAUGAGGCACCGUUGAGGGAGCUGGGUAUGUUUAGCCUGGAAAAGAGGAGACUGAGAGGGGAUAGGCUGGCUGAAGAGCUGCCACAGAGAAGAUGGAGCAAACUUGUUUUCUGCUGCUCCAGAGGGGAGGACCCAAAUCAAAGGACACGAAUGACAAGACAGGAGAUUCAGACUAACCAUUAAGGAUGACUUUCUGAGGGGAAGAGCUGUUUGACAGUGGAAAGUAUUCCCUCAGAAGGUGGUGGGCUCCCCUUCAGUGGAGGGGUUCCAACAGAGGUUGGAUGGCCAUUGGUCAGGGAUUCUGAGAUGCUUGCAUUGCAGGGGGUUGGACUAGAUGACCCUUACAGGUCCCUUCCAACUGUGUCUGAUGUUUUAUUGUAUUUUUAAUAUUUUGUUUGAGGGCGCCCAGAGUGGCUGGGGAAACCCAGCCAGAUGGGUGGGGUAUAAAUAACAAAUUAUUUUAUUAUUAUUAUGUGUUCAAUUCUACGAUUCUCCAUUUUCAAACCGUGGAGGCAGAGCAUAGCCGUUGUGGCUAGCCGUUGGUAGCCUUCUCCACAAAUUUGUCCAGUCCUCUUUUUAAAGACAUCUAGCUUGGUUGCCCUCAGCUGCCUCCCGUGGGAGUGAGUUCCACAGUUUACUUUGUGAAGGAAGCACAUUCUUUUUUCCUAUCCUGAAUACAAAGCCAAAAAGAACCGUUCUGCCUUAAAAAAAAAAAAAAGGUGCAUUUAUGGAAAAUACCAUGAAAUCUUUGGGAAUUCGAAUACAGACCCCAAAUAACAAAACACUCUUGGCUCACUCCAAACGCCGACCCUUGGAGGAUGGCAUGCCGUAUUGCAGAACUUUAUAGAGUUGGAAGGGGGGGGUCCCCAAGGGUCAUCUACUGCAGCCCCCCAUGAUGCAGGAACUGCAACUAUUUGCAUCCUUCACUGCAUCUCCCUCCCUCUCCUUUUAAAUUUCUCUACUCCCAGGGAACUGAAGAAGGCGAAGGAACGGCAGGAGCUCUGGAGGCAGCUGGACGAGCUGCAGUUGCGGAAGCUGCAAGGACUGGAAGAGGCCAAGAUGAACCGCCUAAACCUGCAGCACUCCCUGGCUGUGCAGAGCGGAGGGGCCAGCUAGGAGCCCCCCUCCCUCCCCUGGAGCCCCCCACCCCCUGCCCUCCCCACCCACCCACUGUGGCUUGUGGGAGCAGCCCACCCGGGUGCAGGGCCCAUCCCAGAGAGCCGGACGCUCCCUACCCGCCCCCAACCAGCCUGUGCCAAACCAGAGCUCCUGCCUUUCGCUCCUCUUGGGGGGGUGGGCCUGGCCCCCACCCACCCAGGGGGGUGACCACGGAGGAGGCCCGUUUGCUGUGAAGCAAAAUGGUCUGAGUGCAUGGCUAUGUUUGCUGGGUGUGGGCAGAAGGAGGCAUCGGAGGGGCUCCCCUGCUGGGCUUGUUUUGGGGAGGGGGAAGAAUGGUGGUGAGGGGGGGUCUUAAGAGCUGUGAGGCCAGAGUUUGGGGUGGGGAUCUGGUGGAUGGUACCCAAAGCAAGAUUAAGCAAUAGGCCUCUUGAUCCAAAGCUGCCCUCCCCAUAGUGGUGGGGUUUUCUGUUUCGGAAGAGUGGGGAGCACAAAACAAUGAGGGGGUGUCCUGAUUUUUUGGGGGGGCUCCCUGGCUCCCUAUUGGGGGGCAUAGGGGUGAAGGAGGGAAACCCCCCUCUGUCUCUGAGGACCUUGUUCACCAAGGCCUAGUCUGGUGGUUUCAAGCCCUAAACUGCUGCCCCCCUCCCCAAGUGGAAGAGCCGCAGCAUUUCUCUCCCCCCCCUUCCCCUGUUCUGUCUGCCCCCCCCAUUUGCUCAGCCAGAAACUGAGCAAGAUUUCGGGGAAGAAAGGUGGAAGAGGGCUUUCCACAAAAACAGAAAUGGCACGGUUGAGGAGGGAGUUGUAUGUGUGCAGAUCUGGGCCUAUGCAUGCUCUCAUGGGACGCUGCAGCGGGGGGAGCGCACUGGGGUUCUUCCCUCUGGGUUUAGGGCUGUGGGGGGCUGGCAGCUGCUUUCCCCCUUCAGCAGUUUAUUUGGGGGGGGGGCGGUGGGGAGGUUGGUGUGUAUCCCCCUGGAAGAGAUUCCUCCCCUCUGGGACUUUUAUAGUUUUCACACUUUUGCAUUCUUGGGUGGUCAGGAGUGUGUGGGGAGGGAGAGAGACUCAGGUGCACUUUGCUUAGAUUCUCACAGCCCCCUACCCCCCCCCCCAAGAUGGAGCGUAGCUCUAACACGUUCCCCCGUUCAGCUCCCCUAUUUCCACCAGAGCCGCGAAUUAGAGGGGAGGGAGGGGGCGAGCUUGACGGGAGAAGAGUGUUCAAACUCCUGCACUUUAGAAGGGCUGGUUGUUGCACAGGUGGAAAGCAGGGAUGCCUCUGGUUAU